GCCAGUCACGUGAGGGCCGUUUGCCCAAUGACGGGAGAAUUUCAGUUCGUCAUAGUCAGAGAAACGUCACACGUCAGACUGUAACCAGCUCGAAAAUUGAAUAAGUGUUGUGUUUUAAAUAAAACAGUGAGUGGUUAUUCCAAUUUUACAAGAACUGGCUACAACCAUUUUUCUGAAAGCAACCGUUUAUUUUGUAAAAUGACCCGAUGAACCAUAAUUGGCACGAAACGUCGUCGCACGAUGCCGAGUAGCUCAGGCGGGUCUUACAGCUCCCUAGCGGGCACCAACGAAAUUUACAGGCCCACGACUGUUGCUGGAGUCCAGACCUCUGGAUUUCUGGACGGCGUGAAAAGGGCCUUCCAGUUCGUGUCCGGCGGUGCGGCGCCGGUCGUGGUCAAGAGGAACGACCAGCUGCUGGAGCAGGCUCCUAGGCCCGCUGUGGCCGUCAUACCAAGGACAGAUAGCGUGAACACAAACACGAAUAAGAAAAUGCCUUCUUCCGGUACAAUUGCAGAAGAAGCAGCCCUUUUGGGAACGAUGCCUUCAGACAGCAUGGACGACAUAGAACUCAAGAACAUACAGCUCCACUUCCCGUCGUCCAGGUCUCUGUCCAGAGGCGACUCCGCCAUGCUGGAAGAGGUGGUUGAGACCGACCGGGGUACUCUGGUGGUGGCUGUUCAGGGUUCGAGGAACAAACCGGCGAUAUUGACGUAUCACGACUUGGGAUUGAACUAUAUUUCCAGUUUCCAGGCCUUCUUCAACUACAUCGAUAUGCGUGCGCUACUCGAGAAUUUUUGCGUUUAUCACGUUAACGCUCCAGGACAAGAAGAAGGAGCACCAACACUUCCAGAAGACUAUAUCUACCCGACGAUGGACGAGCUCGCAGGCCAGCUCAGCUACGUCCUGACCCAUUUCGGAAUCAAGCAGUUCAUCGGAUUCGGCGUGGGCGCCGGCGCCAACAUCCUGGCACGUUACGCCCUCUGUUAUCCGAACAGGGUGUCGGCCCUCUGCCUGAUCAACUGCGUCAGCACGCAAGCGGGCUGGAUAGAAUGGGGCUACCAGAAGUUAAACGCGAGACAUCUGAGGUCCAAGGGGAUGACGCAGGGCGUCUUGGACUACCUGAUGUGGCAUCAUUUCGGAAGGAACACCGAGGAAAGGAACCAUGACCUGGUGCAAGUGUACAAGAGCUACUUCGAGAGGAACGUGAACCCAACGAACCUGGCCCUUUUCAUCGAUAGCUACAUCAAACGGACCGACCUCAACAUCCACCGCGACGUCGACCCUUCCAAAAACAAGGAAUCCACCCUGAGGAUGCCGGUCAUGAACAUCACCGGGUCCCUGAGUCCUCACGCAGACGAUACAGUCACGUUCAACGGCAGGUUGGACCCAUCCAGCUCGUCCUGGAUGAAAAUAUCGGACAGCGGGAUGGUCCUAGAGGAGCAGCCGGCUAAGGUCAGCGAAGCUUUUCGGUUAUUCUUACAAGGAGAAGGCUACGUUGCUCCAUUGUCCCCAACGAAAAUGGCCCUUUACCGCAAAACGUCGUUGGAGGAACUGCUCAAGUCCAAAAUGUACGCAGAGAAGCAGUGGCCGAAUAUCAUACACAUCACUGAAAAUCCCAUUUCAGCGGUCGUUUGUUAAAUUAGAACGUUCGAAACUGUAUUGAAAUUUAUGCGCAGAUUGUAGAUAGUCAGUAGAGGAAGUAACGUUUCUUGAUUUCCGAAAAAAUUCAACGCUUCUGCGCGUUCCUAUAAUAUAUCGAAUUAAAAAUUUUUUACACGUCUCAUAUGAGUUGGCGAGCAUGACGAUGAAGCUGGUGAGCUCACGAGCAUGUUCGCCGGUUUAUUUGGGGACAGCCUUUGCAGCAUGUGAUAUACAAAAUGACGAACUGAUGAAGACCAGGUCUUUUAAAGUACACGAUUUAGCUUAUUUUUAUAAUUAGCGGAAUUGAUUUUAACGAAUUGAUGAUAUUUUAAGUGGUUGAAUCACUUGAAUGUGGUUUGGUGAUCCUCGAACAGAGGAUCAAUGUGAUAUUGAGUCGAAUUGAGGUAAAUUUCAAUACAGAUCAUGGCCACUGCCCUAAGAAGCACACAUAUCUUUUCUUCGUUCAUUUUUUAUUUUCUCAGGUAGAACUCUUUGGAUAGCGUCUUGUUUCCUUUCGAGAUGUUUGUUCCUUUCGCCUGAGCCUCAUUCACUUAUAAAUUUUAAUGUUUUUUACGUGACGUAAUGACCCUAUCCAACGGAAUUCUUCCGCAGACUUUGAACAGCCACAAGUUGACCGAUUUUUAUAUAGAGCCUGUAGCUGAUGCGAGGAUUUAUCGGCUUAAAGGGGGCAAUCCCACAGACGACUUGUAGUUUCAUUGAAGUUAGACCUUUAGAGAAAGCUUUAAUUGUCAUUUAGUGAUUUGUUAGAAUUUAUUUAACUAUGACAUGUACUGAAAUCAUUCACGUUAUUCACAUCGUUAAUAUAGAUUACAUAUAUAUUUUAAGUUCAUGAUAAUGUUAAUUCGAUUGUGAUGAAAACACAUACUGUGCCUCACUCUGUUGGAUGUUUUAAUUUAAGCACUCUGAUUUUAUCAAAAUAAACAUAUUUGUUUUCGAUA